CACGCCAGGACGAUAAAAAAAAAGUUCGUAGAAAUCAGUCAUAGUGACAGUGAGGUUUUCAUGUCAGUUAUAGAAAAACUAAACAAGUGAAUUGAAGAAGGUAAUUUAAGUUAAAUAACAAUAGUAUUAAUAGUGAAAUACCCGAAAUAUAAAGUUAACGAAUAUAAUACCCGUUAAAAAGCAAAAUUAUAUAAAAUUACAAAUUAUUAUAUGAACUUUUCACAUACUAGUGCAGAAUAUAAAGAGAGAUAAAGUUACUUUUUCGCCCUGGCUGCUCGUUUGGGUUUAGAACGAGAUUCGGGGGAAAGAAUCGUUGCUGGUGACCCGACCACAGCUACUGCCUGCUGCCGCUGCGAUGCACUUGUCGGCUGUGACUGCUGCUGCGGUUGAGAGACGUCCUCCGUCGCCGAUAUAGACGAGAGAUCGCCUUCAGUGUACAGUCGCUGCCGAGUUCCGUCAUUCAGCUUAACAAUAAUGUUCCCCUCCAUUGUCCAACACCUUUUGAUGCCAAAGCGUUUGCGAGCCUGAAUGAAGAGUGCUUGGCGUUGUCGUGUUAGAAACUCAGAUAAAGUAUGCUGAGUUCCCUUGAGGGCUGUCUUCUUAUUCCAGACAGCAGAUUUGAGAGAAAGCUCUCUAAACCGUACCAAAACAGGGCGACAUUUCCCCUCUACAGAUGUACUGCCGAGACGAUGACAAACACUUAAUUUAUCUGAGGUCAGAUCCAAGCCCACCUUGCUAUUCAGAAGACAUAUAAUAAAUUUGGAAAGAUCUUCAGUAGUCUCUGGUAUGCCGCCAACUAGGAGAUACUUCUUGCGAUGCCUCAUUUCAAUGUCAUCGACGGAUUUGAGAAGCUGUGAUAUCUGGUCUCGCAGUAACAUCAACACAGACCAUACCUCAGAUUUGAAGUCACGGAACUCUUGUCUUAGUUGAGUAAGAGAACCAUCAUCCUUGGGCUGUGAUGUAGAAUUCCAUUUACCCUCCAGCUCGUUCAUCCUUAGUAAAAGUUUGGUUUCCAAAGCUUGCUGAGUCUCAAGAACUUUCGCAAUAUUGGCCAUUGUUCAGUGAAAGUUGUGAGCCUUUAUAGUGCGAGUCAAACCGGUCAGGACAGUUGGGUAAAACACUAAAAAUUGCACAUACACUGAGGAUAAUAGUACACAAUGUAAAUAGUAUAAGAUACUUUAAGAAUUUACUGUAAAGGAUCCUCUAAAAUAACUAAGUAUUUUUAAAUAAAUUAUAUAUUGGAACAGUGUCUUAAGUGUUUUCACUCCUACCGCCGAAAAAAAAAAAGGAAAAAAAGAAAAAGAAAAGGAUCUCGUACUUCUAAAAACUGUUCUUUACCGUGGUAUGGAAUUUAGCAACCCUGCUGUUGAGGGUGCAACUUUCCAGGUAGAGAUUCUUCAUGAAUGUCUGCAUAAGUGAAAGGUAAUGUUCCUGAUAUUUGGUGGCCGCGGUAGCAUAAUGGUCAGUGCAUUCACCCGGAUAGCGAAGGUUGCGAGUUCGAGUCCCGUCUGCUACCUGGCCCGCGUGGAUUUUUUGUAGUAAUUUUUUUUUUUGAUUUAAGCAUUUACAUGCUUGAAAAUUAAAAUAUAAAGUACCUUACUUUAAAAUGUGAUAAUAUCGGUGACAAUAUUGAUAUUAUUUGGCGAUUUUGCACAAGAUCUCGUAAUUAUUAUAGAAAUGUAGCUCUUUGUGGCGGAACGUAAUGAAGCAACAGCGAGCUUUGGGGUGCAACUUUCCAGGUAUAAGAAAGUCUUCAUGUGUUACUCUACAUAUAUAGAAUAUAACGCCUCCGAUAGUGUGUCCGGCAGGGAUCGCUUGAGUGUGCACUUGACCAUAGCUGCUGGGUAACCAGUAUACAGAUGUUGGUUUUACAAGCAGAAUCUCAAAGUUCUCAAUAAUAUGUUCUUCUUUGACGUAUGGGACUGAAGGUACCAGGCUUUUGGUAGCCAGCUUUCCAAUGCAAAGUUCACCUUCGACAUACCCCCUGAUAACCCAUAGGGGGCUGCCUUCCUCUUCUCCUGCGACGAACGCCCGAUGGGAGUACUUCAUUGCUGUUGCUGCUGUAGCCGGUAUCCAUUCGAUCAUAUCUGUGCAUGCAUUGAAGUUGGUCACAGUCAAUUUACCUACAGUGUGAAAAUUAGAGUCUGUUUUUCCGCAGUAUAAUAUUUUUCUUUAGGAGUACAGAAUUAUCGCAAAACUAAGACAAUACCAAUUGAAAAAACGAAAAAAACUUGUUAGCAAAAUUAAAAUUCAACCGUGUAAAAACUCCAUUAGUCUAUUUUUCUUAACCGCAAAAUUUUCUAGUUCAGAAUCUUGUCGCGACCGUCACGGCAAACCGUAACACCAGUGUUAUGGUGAGAUUUUUUUUUACUAGACCGAUGUCACUGAAUUGAAACCAGCAUAUAGAUGUACUCGCUGCUAACAUGACAACCUUAAUUGAGGCCAUGAGAGCCAUUGUGGCCUAACUCAUUUUUUAACCAUAGUGGCCUAUCUUACUUAGGCCAGUAUGGCACCUCAAAUUUAAAUCACAGACUAAAAACCGUAACAGUGAUUAUGCUGCCAUCUAGUGAAUAUUCGUUGUAUCACUUUUACACCACUCUGGUUCUAUAAAAAUGAUCAAUUUGAACUGGAAAAAAUCAUAAACGCAAUAUUGUAAAAAAAUGAGUUAGGCCACUAUGGUUCUCAUGGUCUCAAUUUAUCAUUCAAACGUUCGUUUUCUCUCUUUCUAGAAAGUGGUCAUGUUUAUGCGGACACAAUCAAUUUUCUAUGCCUAUGGAAAAUGAAUGUCAUUCAACACAUGCUCGCAUCGCGUACAAGAUUCGCUGGUAAAGGUCAAAUCUAUGAAGAAAUACCAGCUGGCCUCAACCUCGGUGGCUACAGCAUAUUGAGGAUGGCCAAAUCUCUUCUGUUUUUCCAUCGCAUGAAGCUGCGGAACAUGACAAGGUUCAUCAUCUACUCGCUUCAGACAGAUUUAGGAAAUAUGACGAUUAAUGCGAACCUGAACCUUCAAGACCUACACUUAAUGGGCUCCUACGAACGUGCAAUCGAGGGUCAGGAUAUCAAUGAUCUGAAAUACGUCCCUACCUAUGGAAUGGCUCAGAUCCUCUUGAAGAACGUGGAGUAUAGGCUGGAGGGUAGACUGCGGUUCUUGCACGACAACCUUUACAUUGUUUUGGUGUCAUCAUCGUUGAACUUCGACAAAGCACUUCUCAUGUACAGAAACAAUAAUAACUCCAGUGAUUGCGAUACAUCCGUAAAACUGACCUACAAUAACAUUGAAGAUUUCGUGGAAAGAAUGAAAGCAGACUUGGAUAGCUGGCUAAAAGAUUACUUGAACCAUCUCCUCAUCUUCUUCAAGCCAGAAAUAUCAAUACAGAAAUCAGGAUGUCGGCUAACAACAUUUUUCACAUACCAACAGAAGAGAAUGAUUAUAUUAACCGAGUACGUGGACAAAGCAAUCAACUUCCUUAAAAGGAGGAUAAACGAAGUUAACGCUACGGUGGUGAAGCUCCCUAACUUUAAUAUCUAUGGUCGCAACGAUUUGAAAAUAACAAUGGAAGAUGGCCGGUUAUCUGGUUUGGACUCCAUGCAUCGGCGGUCUGUCGCUACUGGUACACACGUCGGAAAAGUUCGCACAGUGGAAUCUGUUGUGGGUUUCAGCAAUUUGAAGGUGGUAUAUAAAUACACUGCGUACUUGACCUCCGGCGAACCAUCACAAAGUGGUCUCCUGAUUUUAUCGGCCGACGAGUUGACAGCUCAAAUGUACAUAUCUCUGAUCAAGGAACCAGAGACAGUCGACAUCAAUUUUGAUUCUCUAAAACAAGUAAAAGAAGAAUCGUUGACAAUGGAAGGUGCAGCUAACCGAAUGAUUGGCAAUUUCAAGCACAUUCUGGAGCAUCAUGUUUUGUCCAUCAUGUCUAAUGCGCUGGUGCACAAUAUAAGACUCCUGCGCACUUUGGCCAAAUGUGAACCAUCUUUUAUUGGAAAUGGCUAUGACGAUGAUUCAGGUGACACAAAUAGAGAAGAUGAUGCUGCCAUAGGCGAAGGAGAUUACUUUAUUAAUAGAGAAGAUAGCGUCGAUCUUGAGCUAUCACGAGAAGACAAAGACAGAGCCGAUAAAUACCAUAUGAAGUUAAAGGAAUCGUUGAGUUGUCUGAAGUUAGCAUCAGUAGCCCAACAUCCUGGGGUGGGCACUAGACCAUCCUGGGUUAGGCAUGACCCACCCGGCCCCCCUAUAUACGCCUAUGCAAUGGGAACAUUAAUAGGCUGA